AUGGACUCCUUCCUGAAACUGAUAGCAGAUCUGGAAAGUCUAGACAUCAAGAUUUCAGACGAAGAUCAAGCAAUUCAAGUUCUAUCAGGCCUACCUCAAGCGUAUGAACCUCUACUAGACACUCUCAAGUACGGUAUGGGGAAAGAUACAAUUACUCUGAGGGACGUUACAGCAUCGGCAUAUGCUAAAGAAGUGGAGUUGAGACAAAAGGGUCUUCUCAACAAGUCUAAGUCGAAUCCAGAAGGUUUGUAUGUUGAAGCUUCUCGAGGCAGAUCUGAGAAGAGAGAGGACUACAAAGGAAAUAACAGAGGUAAGAGCAAGUCAGGGAAGAACUCUAGGUCUAAGUCAAGAUCAAAGUUUGGGAACAAGGCAUGUUGGAUAUGCGGCUCAGAGAAUCACUGGAAGAGGGAUUGCCCUGAGAAGAAGAAAAAUGAUUCGAAGAACAACAGCAAGGCAUCAUCGAACAUUGCAGUGAACUUACCUGAAGCCUCAGCGUAUACAGUGAGUAUGCACAAUCCGAAAGAUGAAUGGGUGCUCGACUCUGGAUGUACGUUUCACAUAACACCGAGGAAGGAUAUGUUGUUUGAUCUACAAGAAUUCGAAGGCAACAGAGUUAUGAUGGCUAACGACACUCACUAUAUGGUAAAAGGCAUUGGAAAACUCACAAUUGAAAACCCACACGGAACGCUGGUGACGCUGAACAAUGUGAGAUAUAUGCCUGAAAUGGGAAGAAAUCUGAUACCUUAUGGUCAGCUAGAACAAGCAGGAUGCAUAUACCAGGGAAAGGAUUUUGAAGUUCAGUUCUACAAAGAUGACAAGAGGGUUUUGACAGGAAAGUUUGAUCAGGGUCUAUAA